ACAAGACAAACACUUCCUGAAUAGCUGUAGGAAACCUUUGGCAGUGUGGUACAAAGGCUGGAAACAUACACUGAUGUUCAGCAGCACUGAGUGAAAGGAGCGUCAGUCAGUUUGGGGAGUCUCAGCUCAGGGAAGAAGAUGUGGGGUCCUCUGUGGCUUCUCUGCUCAUUGGCUCUGUUUGGGUCUUCUACUCAAGAUGUAACCAGCGAUGCCAGUGCAUUCUUACAGGAGUUUCAGGCUGUUGGAGAAAAGGUGUAUCACCAAUCUGCAUUAGCACAAUGGGAAUACAACACUAACAUCACUAAUGAAAAUGCUCAAAAAAUGAAUGAAGAAGGAGCAAAAUGGUCUGCGUUUUACAAGAAUGCCAGCGACUUCUCCGCAAGAUACCCACGAGACCAAAUCACGGACGAUUUAGUGAAAUUACAGCUUAUCUAUCUUGGACAAAAGGGAACAUCUGCUCUACCAAACGAAAACUACACUAGACUGAAUCAAAUCCUAAAUGAAAUGAGCACAAUCUACAGCACAGAAACGGUAUGCAGUCCAAAUGGAUCGAUAUGCCUGCCUUUUGAACCAGGACUGGACAGUAUCAUGUUGGAUAGCACUGAUUACAAUGAGAGGCUCUGGGCUUGGGAAGGAUGGAGAGCAAAAGCUGGCAAGAAAAUGAGGAAACUCUAUGAGGAAUAUGUUGAUUUGGAAAACCAGGCUGCUCGUAUCAAUGAAUUUCAGGAUUAUGGAGACUACUGGAGAGGAAAUUAUGAAACUCUGGCCAAAGAUAAAUAUAAAUACAGCCGGGAUGAUCUCAUAGUAGAUGUGGAAGCGACUUUUAAAGAGAUCAUGCCACUGUACAAGGAGCUUCAUGCCUAUGUGAGAGGAAAUCUGCAAAAAAAGUAUGGAGCCAAGUACAUCAGUUCCACAGGAUGUCUACCGGCACAUUUAUUAGGUGAUAUGUGGGGCAGAUUUUGGACAAAUCUAUACCCAUUAACAGUCCCCUAUCCAGACAGAGAAAGCAUUGAUGUGACUCCUACAAUGAACAAUCAGGGAUGGACAGUCGAGAGAAUGUUUAAAGAGGCUGAAAAUUUUUUCAAGUCUGUUAACCUCUUUGCCCUAAAUGAAAAUUUCUGGGUAAACUCUAUGCUGACGGAGCCUACUGAUGGAAGAAAAGCCGUGUGCCACCCCACAGCCUGGGAUCUGGGAAUGAAUGAUUUUAGGAUAAAGAUGUGUAGCAAGGUGAAUAUGGAAGACUUCCUUACUGUACACCAUGAGCUUGGACAUAUCCAGUAUGACAUGGCCUAUCACCCUCGUCCUAUGUUGCUGAGAGAUGGUGCCAACGAAGGAUUUCAUGAAGCAGUGGGCGAGAUCAUGUCGCUGUCUGCGGCUACACCUAAACAUUUGAAAUCACUUCAACUAUUACCACCUUCGUUUGCAGAAGAUGAUAAAGAAACUGAAAUAAACUUCUUGCUCAGACAAGCUCUCACCAUUGUCGGCACAUUACCUUUCACAUACAUGCUGGAGGAGUGGAGAUGGAAAGUCUUCAGAGGAGAAAUCCCAAAGGACCAGUGGAUGAAGACUUGGUGGGAAAUGAAGCGAGACCUUGUUGGUGUAAUGGAGCCAGUUGCUCAUGAUGAGACAUACUGUGAUCCUGCUGCUCUGUUCCACGUCGCUAAUGAUUAUUCAUUUAUCAGGUAUUAUACCAGAACCAUUUACCAGUUCCAGUUUCAGGAUGCUCUUUGUAAGGCUGCCGGUCACACUGGUCCUCUUCAUUCCUGUGACAUCACUAACUCCACAGCAGCGGGCAAUAAAUUAAAGUCUAUGUUAGAAUUGGGGAAUUCAAAACCUUGGACUGAAGCCCUGGAGAGCAUAACAGGGGAGCUGAAGAUGAAUGCCGGACCUCUACUGAGUUACUUCCAACCUUUAAAGGAAUGGCUAGAAAUCAAUAACAAAGCUGAAGGGAGGACAGCUGGGUGGACUACAGAAGGGGACCCAUUUACAGCAGAUUCAAUCAAAGUAAGGAUUAGUCUGAAAGCUGGACUAGGAGAUGCUGCGUAUACGUGGGACAACAGUGAGAUGAAUUUGUUCAAAUCUACAAUUGCAUAUGCCAUGUCCAAAUAUUUUGGUUCAGUGAAGGAGCAAGAGAUCGUUUUUUCAAAUGAUGAUGUACACAUUUUCAAAGAAACAAAAAGAAUCUCUUUCUUCUUCUAUGUAACGAUGCCGGGUAAACUUGUAGAGGUAGUGCCAAAAUCAGAAGUUGAAGCUGCUAUUCGCUUGUCCAGAGGUCGAAUCAGCAGUACAUUCUAUCUUGAUGACUACUCCUUGGAGUUCCUGGGGAUCCCCCCUACACUUUCACCAGCCAGGGAACAAUCCUUUGAAGUCUGGCUUGUAGUGUUUGGUGUUGUGGCUGCAUUUCUAGUUAUAGCUUUGGUUGUCCUACUUGUCCUUGGCUAUAAAGAUAAGAAGAAGCUCAAAAAAUCUAAGAAAGAAGACCUAGACAGAGUUUCUGAAAUUCUAGUGGCAACAACAAUGGAGAAAGAUUCUUCGAUUCCAGUCAACAUUUAUGAAGAAUCUGGGAAACAAAAUAAAGCCUAUGAAGAUGUAGAAGAGGAGCCACAAACAGCUUUUUAAACUAUGAAGAAUCCUGGAAGUUGUUCAUAUAAUACGGCUCUCAGUUAUCAUCAUCUUUACAAUAGGAACUAAGAACCUCAAAUGUCCUAAAUGAGAACUUCAACUGGAGUGUUUCCCAAGUCAAAAGAACUGAACAGAACCAUGAGUCAUGUCAUGACUGACGUUCCCCUUCAUCCAUCACCUAUGCACUUAUAGUAAUAAGUAAUAAGCAUCACUCACAGGAGAACCAUCUGUAUUUUUCCUAGCAACCAAUUAACUUUUCUCCUUCAUCUUUCAACCUACCGAAACAAAAAAGAAGUAGAUGAGCUAACUGGUGCCUAGGAGUUAAAUACAGUUCUUCAACUAGACAGUAAAUGUUGCGAAAAGAGACAAACUAACUCUUCAAGAGACUUCACUCCAUAUAAAAGAUUAUAAGCCCUCUGGUUACUUGUGUCUUUCCGUUAUACUCAGAAGAGGAUUCAAAUUAAUUUCCACAUUUUCAGUUCCAAAUGAAUAUCAAGGGGGCUACUUUCUAAAAUAAAGUGAGGUGAAGUGAACUUGUGUUUACUUCAAACACCUAAUCAUGUAGUGGAAAUUUAUAUUUUCUAGAUUCCCUUAACAUAGUUUGCUGUUUGGUGUAAAGCCAGGCUCUUUACUUUUUGUCAUGCCCAUGCAGACCUUAGUACCUUGGUGCAUUGCAAUAACAACAUGCAUUUUUUUCACACCCUGGGCUGGCACCACACCAAAGAAAAUUCAAAAACAGACUUGCAUCAUUUUUGCCAACGCAAGGCAAAUCGAUGAAUGAUAUUGCAUUAAUGUGUGUUGUAGUGCCCUGCAGCGCAUGUGUGUUGGGAGCUGCAUUGCCUUAGUAUGUUGGGCUACCAUUCAAAAUUCAGAGCACAUUGCCAAUUAAAAAUGUACGCAAUGCACAUUAACACGUGGCUUAAUGUGCAUUUGUUAGCGCAAUGUACAGGAAGCGAGAAGUGUGAAUGAACCAUAAAUCUGACCGCCAACCUCCUUACUUGAUAAUGGGUGUAGUCAUAUGAGUGAAAUGGGAAUACAAAUAGUUAAUGUUGGGUCCUCUAGAUUAUUUAAAAAGCAAGUGAUUCUGGAGUCCCGCUACCUCAGCAGAUUGGCAACAGGACCUAAGAAUUAUGGUGACGUUUUGUAUAUAAUCGGGGAGAGCACCUCUGUUUUUGGGCCUGGUUCACAAUGUUUAAAUCUGACGAUUUACAUCCAUUUAUUUACAGAAUAUGAGUGAAUUGCAAUUUAGAACUUAAGGCUAGCAUGCAUUUAUGGAACACAAUAAAAUUCAUAAUUACUGUC